GAUGGGCGGAGCUUCCAGCGGCGCUGAGUGAAACAGACGGCUGUAAUAUCAAAGACACGUUGACGGGCUUUGAUGUCUCAUAAAGGAAAACAGGGAAUGCAGAAGAGGAAGAAGACACAAUAGACGGACGUAUAAUUGGAUCAGAGACUUAUAUUUGAUACGUUUAUUCAAGAAACAAACAUGGACUCCGAGUACAUCCGGAAACAUCUGGGAAAGUGUCUGGCCGACGGACUGGCUGAGGUGGCCGAGCAGCGACCCGUCAACCCCGUCCUCUGCCUGGCUCACUGGCUCCUCAAACACAACACCAAUGUCCAGGAGGAGAAGGGGAAAAAGGCCCAAUUAGUGCUGCUGGAGAAGGAGAAGGUAAAAGCCAGAGAAGAGGAGCUGAAGGCCUUGGAGGAAUCAAAAAAAAUCGCUGAAAAGAAGGCGGCAGGCGCCGAUUCACCGAAGCCAGACGGAGCAGGAGCCUCUGAGGACAACAAACCAAACACUCCUCCUCCUGACAAGAAGCUCGGGGAAGAUGAACAGAAUACUGAAGCUCAGAAAAAUGACUCUUUAAAAGAGGUUGCAGAUACUGUAACUGAGAGACAACCUGUGGAGGAGGUGAGCUCUGCCCUCACAGAGACCCUCACAGAGACCCUCACUGAGACCCCCACUGAGACCCUCAGAGAGACCCUCACUGAGACCCUCAGCAGCGACCUCGGAGGGGAGGCCACAGAGAUACCAGUCGACAGGAGAGAGGUGGAGUCGAGGAGCGAUCAAGCAGGAGAGGAAGCAGAGGAGGAGCCACGUGAUAAUGAUGAAGAGGAGAAAGCUGAGGAGACGAGCACCAAUCAGGCGGAGGAGGAACACAAAGAGGAGCUGCCCCUGCAGGCGGCUGAUGAACCCGAGCAGACCGAACCGCUCUCGACAAUCGAAAUCCAAGACGCCAAAGAUUUAGAACCAGACCAAACUGAGCAGCAACACGAGAAUCAAGGCCCUGGUUCCCCCGAGCACCCAGAGAAGAAGUUUGCUGAAGACGAAACCGACAAACCUGCAGAUUCCGUCCCGGUGGAGUCGGCCUCACCCCGGAAGGAUGAGGAUCUCUUUUCUACAGAAGACCAGGAGACACGUGACUCAAGUUCUCCUGCUCCUCAGGAUCAGGCCGACGGGCGACGCACAGGUGAGACCCCCGAUCGCUCUGCCGAGGAAACAGUGACUUCACAAGAGGAACACGAGAUAAAUCCAACCGAAGCUGAGGAGAAGGAAGAAGAAAAUGACACGGAUCGUACUUGACUAAGUCAGAGUUUAACGAUCCUUCAGCCACUGAUCCAUAUUUAACAUUUGAAUAAAUACACAAAUGAAACAUGUAAACUUUAGGAUUUGUACUGUUAUCCUUCAAUAAUAAAUAUAUACUUUUUCUCAAA